AGACAGGAAGCUAGAGGAAGCAUUGUGCACGUUCAUUCAUCGCACUGCAGAGCAUGGGCGUUUUGUUUGUUUGUCCCUAUGAACAGAACCACUGCCUGUCCGCAACAGCGUAGCUACGGCUAAUACCUAGAAGUAUCCACAUUUUGAGAAUGUAAAUUUGUAUAUCUGUGAAUUCGAAAACAUAUACCUAGCUAACUAACGAGCUAGUCUAGGUGUAAGCAGUAAUCAUGACUGACAGCUCUGUAGCCUGCACAGUAAAGUCUCCUGUGGCCUUGGAGCUUGGGGAGGCAAUAACUGCUGCAUCUCGUCCUGGAGUCUUUGUCAUUGAUGUCACAUUCCCACAUGGCCAGGCUGUUAAUAUUCAGGAGAUCUCCUUCAAGAACUACUACACGGCCUUCUUAAUGGUGCGUAUGCAGAGAAAAGAUCCUGACAAGGAUGGCUCUACUAAGUGGAUUACCUGUCUGCAGAACCACUGCCUUAUGCCAAACCCGCACACAGAGGAGUGUUCCCAGGACUACUUCUCCAUCUACAGACAGCAGAUGCUGACAGAACCUGACGAUGUGACUUUAGUUCGGCUCAUUCUGCGGCAGCCGUCUUCAGCCUGGCUGAAUUUCAGUCUGGAAGAAAUCAAAAUUCACCAUUGUGCGAAUGAGGAUUCAGAACGGGAUGUUCCAGCUUGGUUUUCUAAUCUGACUCCAGUUGACCAACCUCCUGAUUUAGAAGGGCUGCCUGACCCCCAGACUGUGUCCUCCAGCAUCCAGCAGAUGUGGGCUUUGACGGAAGUCAUGCAGACCCAUCAGACAGCAGCUCCCAUUGGCCGAUUUGAUGUGGAUGGCUGCUAUGAUGUGAAGUUACUGUCCUACACAUGAUCAGAAUAUUACAAUAUUGUUUUCGCUUUUCACAGUGUACAGUGACAAAAUAAAAAUGUGUAUAAUGUAACUAUA